AGCUGAUAAUUCAAAAGGCCGCGCCGAAAUGCGUAAUAUCCUUGUUUUUUUUAUUUAUCUCAACUAUUCCGUGAGCAGUUAAUAUCAUUUCGAUGGUUCGUUCUUAGUUUCUGAUAGUGCAAGGAACUAUCAAGAAAUGCCCAGUUCCUGAUGGAAGCUUUAGGAAGUUCUAACAAAAUAAACAGUCCAUAUUGCGCUGCCGUACGCUCUGACCGGCGACAGCUGCAGCGCACUGACAACAAUCAACACACGUGCGUUCGAAUUCGGCGGUGACAAAUUUUCGCUGAUGGAAAUCGUCGAAGAUUGAAAACGUAAAAAAAGUGCAUAUGAUAUCAGUGACAAUGUUAUUAUCUUCUCUUACUUCAAAAUAAUAAUUAUUCAACAGGAUAAUUUACCAUUCUGUAAUUGUUAUGGUGCCUAGGCGUACGGCAGUGGGUACUCAAUUAGAUAUCGAAUUUGACCAUACGGUUGAGUUACCAACCAUUGCUGUCUAUUCAGCCGUAAAUUGCAUUUAAUUAGUGGCCUCUAAAGCUGUUCCCAUAGUUGGUUGUUAGCUAUUCUGUCUACAAGCGGACUCGGUACCACGGUAACCGUUGCGUCAACCUGUAACGUUCAACAGAGUUCUUCUGGUCAUCACUAUUUUCCUAUGAGAAAAAUGUCGGCCUCCCGUGGCCCGAACGCUGAAGAGACUGAGAACUUUUUGAUACUGAAUUCAGACGAUGAAGACGUUGAGGUGAUCGCAGACCUUGAAGGUGAACAAGAAGACGAUUUAGAUGAGGACGAAGAUGCGGAAGGAGGAGAAGAAGAUGACGAUGAAGAUAUGGAUGAUUUUCCUGUCACUGUUUUCACCCCAUCGCGAAAUGAUGCCUUACUCUUCUUUCGAGGUCAUACAGAUCUCGUAUUUAACGUUGAGUUGUCACCUUCCGGCCGUUUUGCCGUCUCUGGUGGAAAAGACGAUCGAGGAUGGUUAUGGAAGGCGGAAGACGGCAGCCCCAUCCUUGAACUAACUGGCUUCAAAGAUUCCGUUCCUUACGUUGGUUUUUCCCAUGAUGAGAAGUUCGUUAUGGCUGCCGAUAUGGCUGGAAAUAUAAAUGUAUGGGAAGUGUCGACAAAAGAAAUUGUAUUUAGUACAGAAGUAGGAGAUAUCACAUGGACAGAAUGGCAUACAAGUUCCGCGAUUCUAUUUGCCGGUACACAGGACGGGUCGAUUUCAAUGUGGUUGAUUCCAUCCGGUAACAUGAAACUCCUAAAUAGCUUCGGAGAAACAACAACAUCAGUCAAGCUGUUACCCGAUGGCAGACACCUACUCGCAGGGUAUGGUGAUGGUUCCGUUCGCUUAUGGGAUCUCAAAACAUGUCAGAUUAUCACAACAAUUUGGAAGUUACAUCAAGGAGAGGUACUCUCAAUAGAUGUGAACUCUAGUGGCAUUGUGGCCUCCGGAGGAGCCGACGGGCUCAAAUUCGCUUCCCUCGCUACAGGCAAAUCUGUCCAUUCACUACAAGAGUUUGAGGACUGUGUCGAAUGUGUAGCUUUCUCCAAAGGCACUCAAAUUUAUCUAGCAGCGGGCAGUUUAGACGGAAUUCUCCUCAUCUGGGACGUGUCUGCAGGUCGGCAAAGGCACCGUAUUCAGUUUGGGUCUCGAAGUGGUAUCUGCCGGCUCUUAUGGGCUGGACCGAAUCAUGUCGUAGCUGCAUCCCUUGAUGGAAAGAUCCGAGAAGUAGACGCGCGAUCAGGUGAAGUGAUUAAGGAAUGGGAAGGUCACACAAGCAGUAUACUCGGUCUAAGUGUGCGCGGAGAGAAGUUGGCCACUGCUGCUGAAGAUCGCACUGUUGGAAUAUUUCAAGGCGUCGUUAUCUAAUGAUAGCUGUAUAUAUCGUUAUAGUUUUGAGUAAUACUAAGUUAUAUUCAGCCAAAUAAAACGCCUUUAAAAUGCCUAU